UAGGGAGACUUCGGAGUGUGAUUGAGCUGGACAGCCCCUCUGUGACUGCAGAGCAAGUGGCCAUCAUUGAGCAGAGCGUCAAUGAAAAAAUCAGAGAUCGGCUUCCCGUGAAUGUGCGAGAACUGAGCCUGGCUGAUCCUGAGGUGGAGCAGGUGAGAGGCCGGGGUUUGCCAGACGAUCAUGCUGGGCCCAUUCGUGUUGUUACCAUCAAGGGUGUGGAUUCCAACAUGUGCUGUGGGACCCAUGUGAGCAAUCUCAGUGACCUUCAGGUCAUUAAGAUUUUGGGCACUGAGAAGGGGAAGAAGAACAAAACCAACCUGAUAUUUCUGGCCGGGAACCGGGUGCUGAAGUGGAUGGAGAGAAGUCAUGGGACUGAAAAAGAACUGACUGCUCUGCUUAAGUGUGGAGCAGAGGGUCACGUGGAAGCAGUGAGAAAGCUCCAGAACUCCACCAAGCUCCUGCAGAAGAACAACCUUAAUCUGCUCAGAGACCUGGCCGUGCACACUGCCCACAGCCUCAGGAACAGUCCGGACUGGGGUGGUGUGGUCGUAUUGCACAGGAAGGAAGGUGAUUCCGAGUUCAUGAAUAUUAUUGCCAAUGAGAUUGGGUCAGAGGAGACCCUCCUGUUCUUAACCGUGGGUGAUGAGAAAGGUGCUGGGCUCUUCUUGCUGGCAGGGCCAGCUGAGGCCGUGGAGACCCUGGGGCCCAGGGUGGCUGAGGUCCUGGAAGGCAAAGGAGCAGGGAAGAAAGGCCGCUUUCAGGGCAAGGCCACCAAGAUGAGCCGUCGGGCAGAGGCGCAGGUGCUUCUGCAGGACUAUGUCAGCACGCAGAGUGCAGAGGAGUGAGGGCUGGGGUGCCCACUGCUUGUGCCCACAGAAGGCGCCUUUUGGACAUUAAAAUCAUUUGACUCAGAAUGGCUGUGAUACCCCUUACAUUUAUAUGACUGACUGGUACAGUGUACUCCAGUUUGCUUGCACAGUUAGUAGCUGUUUGUGAAUAAACAGUUUUCUAAUUUUGCCCCUAUUAAGCAUAAUCUAGAUGAGUAGGCAUUGUGUUGAUGAAAUGAACUAAUGUAUCUGAAACCAGCUGAAACCUUUCUUUGUGGAGAAAUACAGUUGCCUCCGGAGAGUGCAGGUCAGUCUGGAGGCUCGACCAAGGACCUGACCUUAUUCA